AUGCCGAGAAACAAAGUUAAUGUGCCACUCAUAGAGUUUUUAAAAAAUAGAAUAUACCUUGGAGCCUAUGACUAUACACCCUCAGAUACAAAAGAUUUAGUUUAUUUUACAAUAGAAGACGCGUUACCAUAUAAUGCAUUUCAUUUGGACUUUGGUCCGUUAAACAUCAGCAACUUGUAUCGAUUUGCAGUAAUUCUUCAUAAUAUACUCAAUGAUGACGAAAAUCAAGGGAAAGGGGUGGUAUUUUACAGUUCAACGAGUCCAAAACAACGCGCCAACGCGGCUUGUAUUCUUUGUUGUUAUAUGAUAUUAAUUCAAUCAUGGUCUCCGCAUCAAGUGCUACAACCCAUUGCACAAACAGAUCCUCCAUUUUCUGGUUUUAGAGAUGCAGGAUAUUCCAACGCUGAUUACGAAAUUACCAUACAGGAUAUCGUGUAUGCAAUGUGGAGGGCUAAGGAGAGAGGGAUGGUGAACUUGACAACUUUCAACCUUGAAGAAUAUGAACAAUACGAGAGAGUUGACCAAGGAGAUUUCAAUGUUAUCAGUAAGGACUUUAUUGCAUUUGCAUCACCAAUACAGAGUAAAAGAACUUUGAAACUAAGCGAGCCUUUUCAAAAAGUACUUAAUUAUUUUACAAAGAAUAAUGUGCAAUUAGUGGUGAGACUAAACUCGCAUCUAUAUGACGCAAGAGAGUUUACAAAGAGGGGAAUACAACACAUCGAUAUGAUAUUUGAUGAUGGAACUUGUCCCACCUUGGAGUAUGUGCAAAAGUUCAUUGGUGCGGCAGAGUGUGUAAUCAACAAAGGUGGUAAGAUCGCCGUGCAUUGUAAAGCAGGGUUGGGCAGAACGGGGUGCUUGAUUGGUGCCCACUUAAUAUAUACACAUGGCUUUACUGCGAACGAAUGUAUUGCAUAUAUGAGAAUGAUUAGACCGGGAAUGGUUGUUGGACCACAACAACACUGGCUUUAUCUUAACCAAAACUACUUCAGAGACUGGAGACAUACAAUGGUAUUGGAUAAUAGACCAGAUGCAUUUAUCGGUGGAUUGUACCCCUUGACUUCGUACGAAGAAUUUAAGCAGCGAAUGAGAGAAGCAAAACGUCAAGCAUUAAAGGAACAGCAACAGCAACAGCAACAGCAACAAUUGCAAUUACACUCACAAUCUCAAUCUCAAUCUCAACCUCAAGCACCAAUCGCAUCACAUCCCAAUUCAUCUUUUGCUGCUGCCGAUUCAUCAUUCUCGGCAACGCCGAUAAGAAGGCGUAAGAUUAGUGGAGCGUUGGCAUCGAAAAUUCAAACUGCUGUGCCAAUGGUUUCACCAGGGCAACCAAGAAAAUAUAUCGAGGAAGUCGAUGAUGAUAAUGGUGAUGAUGAUGGUGAUGAAGCCGAGGUGAGGAUUGAGUCGGAGAUUGAUAAUGAGAAUGAAAAUGAAAUUGAAAACCCCAGUGUAGAAAUGGCUAAUAAUUCGGACGACGAUGUGAAUGAUAACGAAAAUGAAAAUGUAAUGCAAGGAGUUAUUAAUAGCUCGCCUGCAAGGUAUGAUCACAGUACACCUCAUAAUAACAAUAGAGCAACAAACAGUGACUGGAGAGUUUUAAGAUCAAUAUCGGCCAAUUCGUCCCAACUGCAUCAUCAGGAACAACAACUACAACAACAACAACAACACCUCAUUACAAAGACUACGACAACAACUACGAGAACUACAAGCACUACGUUAUCCUCUUCGCCUAGCUCGUCUGCAACUCCUUCAAGUAAUGGAUUAAGGAUAACAAAGUCAAGAUCGUCAAAGCCGAGAAUAAAUCUGGGGUCAUAUCCACAACAUAGAGUCAGUUCUGGAGGAGUAAGGAAAUUAAGUGGUAAAAAAUUAUAG